AUGAAUUAUUUCAAUGAUCAAAGCAACUUGGCUGGCCUGUAUGACCUUGGUUUUUCUGGUCCACAAUUUACCUGGAGGAGGGGUCAAACUUGGGAAAGGCUAGAUAGAAUUUUUGUGAAUUCCAUGUGGUUUAGUGAGUUCAUUCACACUUCUGUGCACCAUCUCAGCAUGACACGAUCAGAUCAUGGACCACUACUUAUGAAUAUUUCAGCAUCAAAUGUUAAGCACAAGCCAAGUUUUAGAUACCUCAAUAAGUGGUCCUCCCACCAUGACUUCCUAAAUCAGGUCUCAUUAGUUUGGAGGGACUGUCACCAUCUCAACCCUCUGAUUAAGAUAUGGCAACUGCAAAAGAAGUUAGGUAGACAUUUAUCUAACUGGAAUUGGAAAACAGUGGGUGAUAUCAACUUAAAUGUUGUGGAGGCUGAAAAGACUGUUGCUAAGUUGGAGGCUAAAUUAGAGAGUAACCCUGAGGUGGAGAAGGAUUUAUUGGUUGCUAAUGAAAAUUUGAUGAAUGUCAUCUACUUGAUUGCUGCUAGUGCUGUUAACUACUACCAAACACUCUUUAAACAACCAUCUGAUCUUAGGCCCCCCAUCCAGCAUGAUUUGUUUUGCAGGGAUGAGAACUUCAUGAGGGCAUUGGAUCUGACUUCUAUUCCUAGGGAAGAGGAAAUUUGGUCUGCUCUGGUUUCCAUUGAUAACUCCAAAGUUGCUGGACCUGAUGGAUUUUCUGCAGAUUUUUACAAGAAAUCAUGGAAGAUCAUUAAAGAUGAUAUUGUAUAG